AUGCAAGUGCUCAGGAGGCAGAAGGUCGUCUCAGAUCACCCUGAUGAUGGCCUGGUCGGUCCUACCCGGGGUCCCAUGGCCGUUGGACUCGGGUUGGCAGCUCCAUUAGUCAAUGCUUUGGCCCAGGCAACGUCCAAUUGUGCACCUUUUCCAUGGCUCUCGCCACUACUUUCAGUUGUCGGCGAGAUCAUACAACUCUGCGAUAACGUGGUGGCUAACAAGCGAGCUGCUGUCCAACUCACCCGAAGAUGUCAGCAACUAUUGGAUACCUUUACCAGGGCAGACGAGGCCGCCUCACUCGCGGUGCUGCCUCCUCAAGUGCAAAGAGCUCUCGAAAAAGCUCACGAACUUCUGGUAAGCAUUAAAGACAGGAUGGCAGGAUGGGCGAGCCUUGGGAAGAUGAAGUCUUUCUACAUGCAAGCCGAUAUCGCGGCUGAUAUUGAGAGAUGCCACGUCGAUAUUAGUGAUUGCUGUGCCAAAUUUGAGAUCACUUCACAAAUUGCGGUGCAUCAAUGGCAACAGGAAUGGAAACAUAAUGCUGAUCAAGACCACCAGGAAGUGAUGGAAGUUUUAGCGACAAUAAAUGAGAACCAAUUGUUCCUGAGCAACCAAGUACUUGAAAGCACGCUGGAGAUACGAAAUCUGGCCCGCUUCGUGCAGCAGGGCUUAUCUGACUACGCAGUCGGAGACUUCAGGCAUACUGGCCUUCAGAAGAACCUCUACAAGAUGACUGCCAGAAGGGGUGAUUUGCUGCCUGACCUAGAGCUCAAGAGAGGAGAGGUUCGCCGCGUUGGACUAUUUCCAGGCAAAUCUUUCGCGGGUGGCUCUGCCGCUAUGGAUAUCUGGGAAGGUGUUUACUUGGACCAUGAUAAAGUAGCUAUCAAGGUAGUUCGAGCCGUCAAUGCAGGGCCAAAGAGUCACGAGCGCUUCCGCAGGGAAGUGUCUAUAUGGCACGAAGUGUGGAAGCGUGAUGGUGGCAAGUAUAUCCUGCCCAUUUACGGCUUCUGCCAGAACGAUGGACCGUUCCCUUACAUGAUUAGUCCAUGGCAGCCUAACGGUGUUGCCAUCGACUAUGUCAAGCGUAACCCGGACGUAGACCAUAUGGCCCUGGUGCGGGGCAUAGCAAGAGGUAUACAGGUGCUACAUACUUUGGAACCUCCAGUCGUCCAUGGGGAUAUCAAGGGGGCUAAUGUCGUUAUCGGUGCCAUGGGUCAGCCCCUUUUGGCCGACUUUGGAGUGUCGAAGGUGGUGGAAGACAUCACCGGAGUACCAUUCACACAAAGCCGAGGUGUCUCCGACUCGUACCGGUGGUUUGCUCCAGAGCUCUGCAUAGGACAGGGUAUCUUGACGCUGCAGGCUGACAUCUAUGCAUAUGGCAUGACGGUCCUCGAGCCGUUUAGUUAUAUCAAACACACCACAGAGGCCGUGGUAGAGGUGGCCAAGAGAAACCGUCCUCGUCGACCUACUGAACAAGUCGUGGUGGCCAGGGGAAUGGACGAUAAACUGUGGAGUAUUCUGCAGGCUUGCUGGAAAGCAGAACGCACAGAUCGGCCGCAUAUUCGUGAUAUCGUCGAGAACGUGUGA